AUGGCGCCGACUCCAAUUCUGCUGGCACCAGAGCGUGCUCGGGCGUCUGGUAUCACCCUCGCCGACCAUGAAUCCGCCUUCCGCGAAAACUCGGCGACCAUCGUCAUGCCUUCCGCCGAAGCCGCCUUCCUCAAUCCCGUCCAGGAGUUCAACCGUGAUCUUUCCACCCUCGCUAUUCGUACCUGGAGUGAGAGGCUCGAUACCGAGAAGAAAGCACGCUUCCUGCGAGCUGCUCAACGGAAGCCCACUUCGGCGACCAAAGGCAAAUCCAAGCGCAAGGGAGCACACGCAGCCAAUGGAUUCACCAGUGUCGACCAAGCAAGCACCGAAGCAGAACAGCCAGAUACGAAAAAGGCGCGAGUCAACAAUAACGGGAACGGAGUUGCGACCGCUUCAACUACAGAGACCCAAGAAGCCUCCUCGAGCGCAGUGACUCUGUCCGCCGAGGACGAGUACCGCAGCUACAAGUUUACGCUGCUCGAGGCGCUCAGUGCCACCGGUCUUCGCAGCAUUCGAUAUGCAAAAGAAAUUCCUCUCUUGCGAUGGGUCCUGGCUAACGACCUCUCUCCAACCGCAGUUGAAAUGAUGAAACGCAACGUUGCGCUCAACUUUCCUCCGGAUCGUCCCAUCGACGAAUGGGUUGUUUCCGAGGUGAACGGAGGCAAGUCGAGCCAAGUUUCAAGCGAGAGCAAGGUUGGUUCAGAGAUGGACGAGGAUGCACUGGCGGAACUCGAAAAUGAAGCGCGUGCUCGUGCCACCGAAUCAGCAGCACCUGCCCCGCCAUCGUCAGACGCAGCAUCUGAAGCACCAGUGGCAACUGCCGAGACAGCAACGGCCAUCGCGGCCGCUCCCGAAGCCGAUUCCCCGUCCCAGCCAUCAUCUGCAGCCAUCCAUCCUGACUGCAAGGUCAGGCUCAACGCCGGCGACGCCAUCACACUCAUGUACACACACAGAGAACCACACAAGCGCUUCGACGUAGUAGAUUUGGAUCCCUACGGUUCGGCUGCUCCCUUCUUGGACGGCGGUGUGCAAUCCGUAGCCGACGGCGGAUUGCUCUGCGUCACUUGCACUGAUUUGGCCGUGCUGGCAGGGCACAACUACCCCGAAAAGUGCUUUUCUCAAUACGGCGGUGUCUCUGUCAAGGCCGAAUUCUCGCACGAGGUAGCCCUGCGACUUGUUCUACACACAAUUGCAACCUCGGCAGCACGGUACGGUCGAUACAUCCAGCCGAUGUUGAGUCUGUCGAUUGAUUUCUACCUGCGCACCUUUGUGCGUAUCUGGACCGGACCGGUCGAGGUCAAGAACGUAGCGAGCAAGACAGGUACGGUCUACAUCUGCACGCACUGCCAGGACUUCCACGUCCAGCGCUUCGGACGUGCCACACAGACGACUAACACGGGCAAGACGGGCCAAACCAAUGUCAACUACCGCUACAACUCGGCGCAGGGCCCUCCCGUGGGCGAGCGAUGCAACGAGUGCGGCAACCGCAUGCAUCUCGGUGGACCCAUGUGGCUGGGCGACCUGCACGAUGCCGACUUCUGCAACUCGGUGCUGGCCAACCUUGACAAAAACCCGCAAGCGUUCCACACGAGCGCACGCAUCCGGGGCAUGGUCAGCCUUGCCGCCCAAGAGCUGUCUGGCGACACGAGCAUGUUCUACUUCACCCCGCCCAAAGCUUCCGGUCUGUUCCACUGCGUCUCCCCGCCCCUCGAUAGAAUGGUCUCGGCGCUGUUGUCGGCAGGAUUUCGGGUCAGUCGCUCGCACGCCGCUGCAGGUUCGCUGAAGACGGACGCGAGCCGUGCGCAGAUCUUUGACGUGCUGCGCUACUGGGUCAAGACGCAGCAUCCGGUCAAAAUGGAGAACAUGAAGGAGACCGAUCCCGCUCGUAUUCUGCUGGCAAAGGAGCCUCAGCGUGAAUACGAUUUUGACAACACCAAGUCGCCCGAGGUGCUCAAGGCAUUGGGCGCGUCCGAGAAGCUCGUGAGGUACCAGAGCAACCCGCUGCCCAACUGGGGUCCCGGGACUGCUGCCAAGGGUCAUAAGGGCAAGAAGAAGCGCAACUUGCGUCCAGAUGAUCUCGACGCUACCACUCCUUCGACUGCAUGA